AUGGAGGCGCUCCACAAGAAAAUCGCCUUUGUGGGCGCUGGUGUCAUGGCCUUUGCGCUGGCUAAAGGUUUCGUGGACUCCGAUAGAGUGAAGAAGGACCAGGUGUACAUGUUUGUGAGAAACGAGACGAAACGCUCUCUCGUCGAGGAUCUCGGAUACCGAUCCUUCCAAAGCAUCGCCGGACUGGCCGACGUGGACAUCAUCGUCAUUUCCGUGAAGCCGCAAGACGCAGUUCAGGUCCUGCACGACAUCCGCAUGGUGGUUGACAAGGACAAGCACCUGUUGAUUUCAAUCUGCGUGGGUCUCGACAUCGAAACACUCGCUCGGGCGUUAGAUCCGAAUUCUCUGAAUCGCCGAAUCUGUCGAGUGAUGCCCAAUACGCCUUCGCAAAUCAGACACGGCGUCAGCGUCUUCUCGAUGGGACAGGACUGUACAGACGAAGAUCGCACAACUGUCGAGUCGCUGCUGAGUGCUGUCGGCAGCUGCUACAAAGUCCAGGAGAAACACAUCGCCGCCGCAGGCGCCAUCAGUGGUUCAGGGCCAGCGUUCAUUUUCACCUUUCUGGAUGCCUUGUCGGAUGCGGGUGUGAAGAACGGCUUGCCACGGAAACUCGCCCAGGACCUGGCCAUGGACAUGGUAGAAGGGAGCGCCGCCUUCGCCCGUGUCGAGUUCGGCAGGCGACACUUUGCAGAACUUAAGGAUCAAGUGACAUCUCCGGGGGGCACGACGAUUGCAGGGAUAGCCGCGCUGGAGCGCUGGGGAUUUCGAAACGCCAUUAUUCAGGCAAUCGAUGCAACGACAGAUCGUGCAAAAGAUUUGGGGUGCUAA